GGAGAGGGAGAAGGAGAGAGGGGCAGAGGAGAAGGGAGAGAGGGAGAGCAUGCAAGACAGGAAGGAGCGCCUUAGAGUCUCUGAAGCACGAAAGAGAUAACGGAUUAGGAAUUUUUCAGGCAACUGUCAUCCCGGAGAGCAGCCGGAGACUAACCAUCACCCCAACUCUGACGUUUCCUACAAGAAGUUAGAGACUUAAGCAGUAUUGACAUCGGAGAGAAAUGGUAUGCUUGAUGCUGUGGAAAAUACCCCAGAGCUGAAGAAGUGCAACUGGAUGUUGUGUGUGUGUUAAAUACCAGAAGAGCCCAGACCCCGUGGGUAAUAGAGACGAAAUGUGGAGAGAAUGACUAACGACAAAUCUGUGAAUUUGUUCUCUGGAGUUGCUAAUUUGCCAGCCCGAAGCAACACAUUUUACAAGGAGGAAACGUUUUGCUGCUUCUGAUUUCUCCCCAAACUGGUGCUACCAGAUGCAUGGCUUUCUAUGUGUUGGAACAAAUCAUUCCUAACUGCAGCAUACCAGGAAAGGGGAAAGGUUGAGGCAACUAACUGGCUGUCUCCAAAUAAGCGAUGAGAUGUAAUGCCUCCUCCAGUCCAUGCACGCUUCCUCUUGCAAUUCGUGCAUCAUUCCUCAGUGGAAACCCUUAAACCCUAAAAUCCGGGAAAAGAAAAUAAAUACAUUAUCAUGGACCUGAGGGAUUUUUACCUGUUGGCUGCUCUGAUUGCCUGUUUAAGGCUGGAUUCCGCAAUAGCUCAAGAACUUAUUUACACUAUUAGAGAGGAAUUGCCUGAAAAUGUGCCCAUAGGAAACAUACCAAAGGAUCUGAACAUUUCUCACAUCAAUGCUGCCACAGGGACCAGUGCCAGCCUUGUCUACAGACUGGUUUCUAAAGCUGGGGAUGCCCCUUUGGUGAAAGUAUCCAGUAGCACUGGGGAGAUUUUCACAACCUCCAAUAGAAUAGACAGAGAAAAACUCUGUGCUGGAGCCUCUUAUGCUGAGGAGAAUGAGUGUUUCUUUGAACUUGAGGUAGUGAUCCUCCCCAAUGAUUUUUUCAGGCUGAUCAAAAUAAAAAUAAUUGUCAAGGAUACCAAUGAUAAUGCCCCCAUGUUUCCAUCUCCUGUCAUCAAUAUUUCCAUUCCAGAAAACACUUUGAUCAACAGCCGCUUUCCAAUUCCAUCAGCAACAGAUCCUGACACAGGCUUCAAUGGUGUUCAGCAUUAUGAAUUGUUAAAUGGGCAGAGUGUUUUUGGACUGGAUAUCGUGGAAACUCCGGAGGGAGAGAAGUGGCCACAAUUGAUUGUUCAGCAAAACUUGGACAGAGAACAGAAAGAUACCUAUGUGAUGAAAAUCAAAGUAGAGGAUGGAGGCACUCCACAGAAAUCCAGCACGGCCAUACUGCAGGUCACAGUAAGUGAUGUAAAUGACAACAGGCCAGUGUUUAAAGAGGGUCAAGUGGAGGUGCACAUUCCAGAGAAUGCUCCGGUAGGCACCUCUGUAAUUCAGCUCCAUGCCACUGAUGCAGAUAUAGGCAGUAAUGCUGAAAUACGGUACAUUUUUGGUGCCCAGGUCGCCCCUGCAACCAAAAGACUCUUUGCUUUAAAUAAUACUACUGGGCUGAUAACAGUUCAGAGGUCCUUAGAUCGAGAGGAGACGGCCAUUCACAAAGUGACAGUGCUGGCUAGCGAUGGCAGCUCCACACCCGCUCGAGCAACGGUUACCAUCAAUGUCACUGAUGUAAAUGAUAACCCUCCUAACAUAGACCUCAGGUACAUUAUAAGUCCCAUCAAUGGCACAGUGUAUUUAUCUGAGAAAGAUCCUGUCAAUACAAAGAUUGCCCUAAUUACAGUUUCAGAUAAGGACACAGAUGUGAAUGGCAAAGUGAUCUGUUUUAUUGAGAGAGAGGUCCCAUUUCAUUUGAAGGCGGUGUACGACAACCAGUAUUUGUUAGAGACCUCCUCUUUGUUGGACUAUGAGGGCACCAAAGAAUUCAGCUUUAAAAUUGUUGCCUCUGAUUCUGGGAAGCCCAGUUUAAAUCAGACUGCCCUGGUAAGGGUUAAGCUUGAGGACGAAAAUGACAACCCACCAAUUUUCAACCAGCCUGUAAUUGAGCUGUCAGUUUCUGAAAACAACCGACGUGGGUUAUACUUAACAACUAUUAGUGCCACAGAUGAAGACAGUGGGAAAAAUGCGGACAUUGUUUAUCAGCUUGGGCCGAAUGCCUCCUUCUUUGAUCUGGACCGAAAGACAGGAGUUUUGACAGCCUCCAGAGUCUUUGACAGAGAAGAACAAGAACGUUUCAUUUUUACAGUAACUGCCAGGGACAAUGGGACCCCUCCCCUCCAAAGCCAAGCGGCUGUGAUAGUUACUGUUCUGGACGAGAAUGACAAUAGCCCCAAGUUUACUCAUAAUCAUUUUCAAUUUUUUGUGUCUGAGAAUCUGCCAAAGUAUAGUACUGUGGGGGUAAUCACAGUGACAGAUGCAGAUGCUGGGGAGAAUAAAGCUGUGACUCUUUCCAUUCUAAAUGACAAUGAUAAUUUUGUGUUGGAUCCCUAUUCUGGAGUCAUAAAGUCAAAUGUCUCAUUUGAUAGAGAGCAGCAGAGUUCCUACACUUUCGAUGUCAAAGCCACUGACGGAGGACAACCACCCCGCUCCUCUACUGCAAAAGUCACUAUCAAUGUCAUGGAUGUCAAUGACAAUAGCCCAGUUGUCAUUUCUCCACCUUCCAACACUUCUUUUAAGUUGGUGCCCCUCUCGGCCAUUCCUGGCUCUGUGGUAGCAGAAGUCUUCGCCGUGGAUAUUGACACGGGGAUGAACGCCGAGCUCAAGUAUACAAUUGUGAGUGGGAACAACAAAGGCUUGUUUCGGAUUGACCCAGUAACAGGUAACAUUACUCUGGAAGAGAAACCAGCGCCUACUGACGUGGGCUUGCACCGUUUGGUGGUCAACAUAAGUGACCUGGGAUACCCAAAGUCUUUGCACACGCUCGUGCUUGUUUUUCUCUACGUUAACGACACUGCUGGGAAUGCCUCCUAUAUCUAUGACUUGAUUCGCAGGACUAUGGAGACCCCACUGGACAGGAACAUAGGGGACAGUAGCCAGCCCUAUCAAAACGAGGACUAUCUCACCAUCAUGAUCGCCAUUGUCGCAGGUGCCAUGGUGGUCAUAGUCGUGAUCUUUGUCACUGUCCUGGUGCGCUGUCGCCAUGCAUCCAGGUUUAAAGCAGCUCAGAGGAGCAAGCAGGGUGCUGAGUGGAUGUCCCCGAACCAGGAGAACAAACAAAACAAGAAAAAGAAAAGGAAGAAAAGAAAGUCUCCCAAGAGCUCUCUUUUGAACUUUGUUACAAUCGAAGAGUCCAAACCCGAUGAUGCAGUGCACGAACCUAUCAACGGGACCAUAAGUCUGCCGGCUGAGCUGGAGGAGCAAAGCAUAGGAAGGUUUGACUGGGGCCCGGCCCCUCCCACCACCUUCAAGCCUAACAGCCCUGACCUGGCAAAGCACUACAAAUCUGCUUCUCCACAGCCUGCUUUCCAUCUUAAACCAGACACUCCAGUCUCCGUGAAAAAGCAUCAUGUGAUUCAGGAACUCCCUUUGGACAACACCUUUGUCGGGGGUUGUGACACCCUUUCCAAACGCUCUUCCACUAGUUCAGAUCACUUCAGUGCCUCAGAGUGCAGUUCCCAAGGAGGCUUCAAGACAAAGGGCCCCUUACACACCAGACAGUGUAACUCACACAGCAAAAGUGACAAUAUUCCUGUCACUCCUCAGAAAUGUCCCAGCUCUGCGGGUUUCCACAUUCAGGAGAAUGAAGAAAGCCAUUACGAGUCGCAGCGCCGGGUUACGUUUCACCUCCCCGAUGGCUCCCAGGAAAGCUGCAGUGACAGUGGUCUAGGAGACCACGAGCCAGUGGGUAGUGGCACCCUGAUCUCACACCCUCUUCCUCUGGUUCAGCCACAGGACGAAUUCUACGACCAGGCCUCUCCGGACAAGAGGACCGAAGCAGAUGGCAACUCUGACCCCAACUCUGAUGGGCCUUUGGGUCCCCGAGGAUUAGCUGAAGCUACAGAGAUGUGCACUCAAGAGUGCUUGGUUUUGGGUCACUCUGAUAAUUGCUGGAUGCCUCCUGGCUUGGGUCCAUAUCAACACCCUAAAUCUCCUCUCUCAACCUUUGCACCCCAGAAAGAAUGGGUCAAGAAGGACAAGCUUGUGAAUGGGCACACCCUUACCAGAUCCUGGAAAGAAGAUAGCAACAGGAACCAGUUCAAUGACCGUAAGCAGUAUGGCUCCAAUGAAGGCCAUUUCAACAAUGGCAGCCACAUGACAGACAUUCCUCUGGCAAAUCUGAAGUCUUAUAAGCAAGCAGGAGGUACUAUUGAAAGUCCGAAGGAGCACCAACUCUAAAAAAAA